UAAGCCAGGCCAGGAGCCGGACUACGGAAGCCGAGGCGGGCCGUGUGGUGGGCGCGGAGCAGAGCGGCAGGCCGGGCGGCGGCAGCGGAGGAGGCCGCGGCAGCGGGUCCGAGAAGCGGAAGAGGCGCAGGAGGAGGCGAGGGGGCCGGGUGGCCGGGGUCCCGGGCCCCGCGGCGGCGGCGGCGGCGGCGGCGGCAGGAUGAUCAAGCUGUUCUCGCUGAAGCAGCAGAAGAAGGAGGAGGAGUCGGCCGGCGGCACCAAGGGCAGCAGCAAGAAGGCGUCGGCGGCGCAGCUCCGGAUCCAAAAGGACAUUAACGAGCUGAACCUGCCUAAGACUUGUGACAUCAGCUUCUCAGACCCAGACGACCUCCUCAACUUCAAGCUGGUUAUCUGUCCUGAUGAGGGCUUCUACAAGAGUGGGAAGUUUGUGUUCAGUUUUAAGGUGGGACAAGGUUAUCCUCAUGAUCCCCCCAAGGUGAAGUGUGAGACAAUGGUUUAUCAUCCCAACAUUGACCUCGAGGGCAACGUCUGCCUCAACAUCCUCAGAGAGGACUGGAAGCCAGUCCUUACGAUAAACUCCAUAAUUUAUGGCCUGCAGUAUCUCUUCUUGGAGCCCAACCCCGAGGACCCACUGAACAAGGAGGCUGCCGAGGUCCUGCAGAACAACCGGCGGCUGUUUGAACAAAACGUGCAGCGCUCCAUGAGAGGUGGUUACAUCGGGUCCACCUACUUCGAGCGCUGCCUGAAAUAGGGUUAGCAAAUACCCAUCCCUGCCAGGGUUACCAGCUCAGGCAUCCCCUGCAAAUAUUUAUUGGGGGCCCGGGUAGGGUGUGUGGGGUAGCCUUGGCUCCUGCCUUGGCCUUGCCUCUCCUUCCUGUCACCUGCCCCUAGUUAUUUUUUUUUAACCACCACGUGAUUAUGGUCGGCGCUGCCUCCUCCCGACCUGCUCAGCGAUGGGAAAUGAAUUGGCUUGUUUAGCGUCCCCCUCCCGCUGGGUGCUGUCCAACACCCCACUCUUGACUGUGGGGUAAGUGGGCAAUGGGCCUGGGUCGCUGGGCCCAAGCAACCCACCCCACCACCACUGGAGGUCCCACCAGGCUAUUAAAGGGGAAUGUUACUGCA